AUGAAGAGAACAAAUAGCCGCAAUCAAUAGAAUUCAUUGCCCGCCAGCAACAACAAUUCUUCAGCAGCUAACAACAAUAAUUAGCUGGAACAAAACCCCUAUUCGAAUUAGUAUGUGAAUCAGAGAUUCAAUCAGACUUCAAAUCCUCAAUAGAAUCAGAAAUUCGGAGGUAAUUAGCUCGCAAAUAAUAAUGGAGGAUAUAUCUCAAGACAACAAGCAACUAAUAGAAAUGAUUUAUACAAAGCAAGCACCCAGCAAAGAGAGGAAAUAUCUGAGUUAAUGGGCUAAAUUGACAUGCCCGAUGAGUCCCUAACCAUUUCUAGUUUGAGCUAGUCACCUUGGAAUGUUAAAAGACAUAAUAUGUCCAAGAGUCACGGGAAUCACGAGUAGAAUAGUACCAGCAAUGAUUAAGAGAGUGUCUUGGAAAAAAGUGAACUCGAGGGUACUUACGAAGAGGACAAAAGUUUGCAGAUAACUCGGCGCCAAAAUUAGACAAAUUACAUUGAUGAUGAAGAAGAAGAGGAUUCCUAGACCUAUUACAAUGACAGCUAGUUAGACUAAGAUCAAACACAGAGCGAUAUGGAUCAUAGCAGGAUAGACAAUUUCAAGCGGAAACUCAAGCAGUCCAGAAAUGAUGAAGAUGAUAUUGAUCACAAUGGGGGAAAGCACUAAAAUGGCAGAAACUCUCCAGACUUCAAUAGGUUUCAAGCUAGAAAUGAGAUGAACAACACCAAUGAUGGAGAUGACCUGACAAUCUCUAACACGGUGAUUAGUGCUUCUAACACAACCUACAGAGGAGCUGAUAGAUCUAAUUCCAGAAGGGCUGUCUAGAAUAGAACUUUUGCAGAUUCAGUGUAGAUACACCAAAAUCAACUAACAUCUUCAUCCAAUAACAACACUCACAGGAAUAACUAUUCUAGUAAUCAGGAAACGCACAGAAGCAGCAAUACUAAUUAAAUGAAUCAGAAGAACAAUAGAACUAUGCAGUAGCAAAGAAAGUUUGGAAGGAAUAGGAGAGCUAACCAAGAUGAUGGUCAUCUCGUUACUUCUGAUGAUAAUAUGAGAAGUGAUGAUUCUGAAAAUGAUGAUAUCAACAACAGGAGAAUUUAAGAAAGAAGUGAUGAUGAUUACGAUGAAGAUGAAGUUUCACCAAAUGACAUUCACAGAGGAAAGAACUAACGAAGAGCCCGUCAUCAUCACACAAAUGACGAUGAGCAAAACUUAGAUUCAAGUGAGUUUUCAAAUCUUGACUCCUUCACUCAAACCUAAUAUUCAAAAUGGUCUAGAAUGGACAAGUCCAAAAUGCUGCCAAAGAUCAAGGGAGAAAGUCUAGACCUCGAUGAUAAUGUCUCUAGAAGUCCUAAUGUCUAGAGGUUUAGAAAUAUGGAGGGAGAAGAGUCUCUAAGUCUUACUCCUCAGAGCAUUGAUGGAAAGUGGAACUAAAAGAGCAUGGUUGCUAACAGAGCUAUCAACCGAACAGUAACUCAAAAUGAAGUCAAGGUCAACAAGAUUUAGACAAACUUCAAUUAAAUGCUUAAUAAUAACUAAAAUAUCAAUACGCUUAAUAUGACUGAACUCGGUGGCAGAUCAUCUUAUAAUGCAACUUAGGUGCUUUUUGGGAAUAAGCAUUAGAUUUAAAGAGACUAGGAACUUGAGCGAGCACUUGAAGAGGAUUCAUAGAACCAAACUCUGAAUAAGACAACUCUCACUAAUUCAAAGGGGCUUAAAGAAAAUAAACAAAUGUCAAAUCCUACUGGAUCUGGCAAUCAUAACAGAGAAGAUUUCAAAAAAUUGAAGUAUGAAUAUACCCAGCUUAAUAUAGAAGCUUAAAAGAAAGAAGCUAUAAUUUAGGAUGUAAGAAAAACAUUAUCAUUUAAUAUUUUACUAUAGUUGGCUGAUUAAUUAGAGUAAAAUGAAUAAGAAAAGAACUAACUCAGAUAGCAUGCAUUCAAUUUCGAACAGUAAUAUAGGGACAAAGAAGAGCAUAUUUAGCUGCUUUAAUAAACAUACAGAGACAGCUCUUAAUUGCCAUAACUGAGAGGCAAGAUACUGGAGCAAGCCAAAAUUGAUAUCAGAAAUCAUCUCAAGACUAUCGAAAACAAAAACAACUAGAUCUAUUAGCUUGAAAACUAUCUCUAGCAAAAGGAAAAAGAGGACAAGUGUCAAUAUGAUGUAUAGAACCUUGAGAUUAAGAAACUAAUAGCAGAGAAUGACUCUUUGAAGAUUAUGAAUGAGUAACUUAAGCGGCAGCUGAAAGGUAAUCAAGAUGAAAUCGGUAAAUUUCAAAAUGAAAUCAAUAGAAUGCUUUAAGAGUUUGAGAAAGAGAGGUAGGGUUUGGCUUAAGAUUACCAGUUGAGGAUUAAGAAUUCUAACAAAGAGUUAGAAAAAGUAUAGUAAGAGCAAGAGAAGAUAAUGGCUAAUCAGCUAGCUCAAAUCAAGUAGUUAUAAAAAGACGUUAAAAAGUUUGAAAGCUAAAGUUAUGAAGAUUCUUAGAUUAUUAAGAAGAAAGGUCAAGUGGUGGCAGAUAUUGAAAGGGAUAAUGAAAGGAUUAACUAGGAAAUGAAUAGCUUCAAGGAAAGAUGUAAGGAGUUAGAGUAGGAACUAGACAUCUUAAGAGGCACUGAAGCUCCAUCUAUCUUCGGUAACUAGUCAGUAUCGUAUGCUGGUAAAGCUAACACUACAAUUAGUGCAAUGAACACUACUAAAAACUAUGACUUUGAAGUAAAGAGAAUGAAGGAUAUGUUCAUAUAGUAGUUAAACAAAGCUAAAGAGGAGUCUGCAAAGUAUAGACAAUAAAAUAAAGAUCUUGAGAGUAGAAUUAAGUUGCUUGAAGAGGAGAACUCUAAGAAGUAUCAGCAAUCAAUCACACAGAGUACUGAGCAAUUAGAACAGAAUUAGAAAACAAUUAAUAAGCUUAAUAAAGUUAAUCAAGAACUACAAACCUAUAAAUAGUUAGAGUAGGAUAUCAAAGAUACUUUCAGCAUCUCUGAAAAAGAAGAUCUCCGAAAUAAGUUAACAUUGAUAAGCUAGGAACUUGAAAUGAAAUCACUAUUAGAAAUAGAGCUAUAAAAGCUUCAAAAUUAACUGAAAGAAGCAUAAUUAAGGGAGCAAAACAUGAUUGAAAAGACUAACCAAGUCAAAAACAGUCAAGUUAUUCCUAAAUAAUCCGAUACUAUGAGCAACUUCACCAAGAAUUUACUUCUGAGUAAGGAUAAAGAGAUUGAAUCCUUGAGAUUUUCAGGUCAAAAGGAAAAAGAUGAGAAGCAAAGAUUAGAAGAUGAACUUUGGCAACUCUAGGGAGAACUAAAGUAAAUCACUCUUGGAAACAAGGAGUUAGAGUCAUAGCUUGAUGAAAUGAAUAAAGAACUGAUCAGAGUCAAGGAAAGCAAGGAGAAGUCUGAUAAGAAUGUUGAUGAGCUUAAGGAAAGACUUAGAGUAAUGAUCAGAGAAUAGCAAGAGCAGAGUAUUAUAGCAAAGCCAUAGUAAAAACGAGAUCAGUAUCUUGAUGAGAUUGAGAGAAAGAAAUAUGAUGAACUCAUAACAAUGAUUCUUGAACUUGACCUAGCAAUUGAUCCACUAGCCUAAGCUAACCUAUCUCUGCAGGAGUCUUUUAUAGAUGAAUAUGAGUAAGCCUCUAAGCAUUUGGAAGAAUAGAAACGACUUGUAAUAGAUCUAAUUGAAUAAUUAAAUAAGGACUUAGCUAGCAAGACUGAAUAAUUUAAAUCUAUUGAGAAUGAUGUUAACUAGAAGCAGCAGCAAGUAGACUAAUUUAGGAGAGAUGUUUUUAGACAACAAGACUUAGUCAAAGACAAAGAAAGAUAAAUAGAGAUUAUUCAAACUGAGUAACAAGAACUGCAUAAAACAUGUGAGAGAAUGGCUGUGCAGUUGAGGGAGGUUGAAGAACAGAAUGCUAAAUUAAGAGCAGACAAUGAUGAAGUCAACAUCAACUUUAGAAAGAUGAUGAGAGCUUAAGAUCAUCUUCACAAAGAUACUAAGUCGAAAUUGCAGAGUGCCAAGUAAACGAUUGACUGUUCUGAUAAAUCUAAUACUAUUGAUGUUGAAAGAAUCAUGAUGACUUAUGAAGACUAAAUUUCAAGACUAUAAAGAUAGCUAAUGAAUAAGCAAAUUUCAAGCAAAGCUACUAUUGAAUCUAAGGAUCAUUACAAGGUUGAAUUCAUAGAAACUCUAGAUAAAUUAAUAGAUAGUAACUCAAAAAUCCCUACAUUUAAUGACUUAGCUCUCUAGAUAGCUUAAAGAAUCGAUAAAGUUAGAUAAUAGGAGAAGAUAAAAUACAACACUAUUAGCUAAUCAAAUGAAAUUUAAUAUCAUACCAACCUUAAGCAGUCUUAAUUCUCUCUUAAUCCCAAUAGCACAGCUAAUGAUCAUUCUAAUAACAAGUUUAUAGAAGUAUUUAAGCAGGAAAUUGAUAGUGCAAGCAAUGAAGAUGAAUUAGCACAAUCCAUUAAUAAGUGGUUAAAGUCAAGUGGUUAGAAUCUUCAAUAGCAGCAAUAGCAGUUCAAAAACUUCUUUAAUGUCGAUGAUUAAAAUAGCUUGAUGCUAAGUGAACUAAUCACUCAACAAAAUGCCAAGUCUCACUAUGGUCCUUAAGAAAAUGAUCUUCUGAAGUAGCAAGAUGAUUUAAUCAAGGAUUUGAAUCUCAAAAUUCAGGAAUACGAGUCCUAAAUAGUUAAGCACUAAAAUCAAAUUAAAUUCCUAGAAAAAUAGCUACAGUAGACUUAAGAAGAAUUAACUAAGAAGGAGUCAUCUUUGAAGGAAUCAGAGGAAAGUUACACUGCCAAGUUCAAUGAUAUUGAGGCAGACUAAAAGAACAGAAAUCAGUAAAUGUGGAAAGAAAUAGAGUCUUUGAAAGAUCAGAUGAGGCAAGAAUUAAUGGCAAAGAGUGAGAAACUAGACCUCGAGUAUGAUGAACUAGAAAACUAAAAGUCUAAGCAAAGAGAUUAGCUAAUGAAACAACAGUAAGAGUAAGAAAGAUAGUUCUAAUAAAGAAUUGAAAACUAUGAGAAUGAAGUUAAACAAAAGCUUAAAUUAAUUGAGGUUGAUAUUAAGUCAGGAUGUGAGAAAACAAAGGAAGAGUAAAUAACCAAUCUAUGCAAGCAGCUUGAAGACUAGUACCAAUCUAGACUAAAGACUCAGCAAGAUGAAUAUUAACAGUAGAUAUCAAUUCUAAAACAGGAACAUUAAUAGAAGUUAGAAGAGCUUAAGAGAUAAAAAGAAAGAGAAAUAAAGAAAUUGAAGGAGGAUAGUGAUAAAAUUAAGAAGUCUAAUGAGGAAAAACUUAAAAAGAUUGAGCAAGAGUAAACGAAUGAAAAGGAAUGCUGGGAGAGAGAAUAAAAAGAAAAGAUUGAGAUUAUCAAUGCCAAGUCUAAGAAAGACAUAAAGGCAGCUCAGGAUAAAGUAAGAGCAGAAAUGAGAAAUCAGGUGGAUUAAGUAAAGAAUGACAUGGCUAAACAAAAAGCUGAGUUUGAAAGAGAGAAAAAGAAGAUUAUAAGCGACUGUGAAAGUCAGCUCGAGCAACUUAAAAGGGACUUUGAGGAAGCUACUGAGAAAGAGCUUAAGAUUCAAAAAGAUAAACUCGAAAAGCUUCAUAAGAAGAAAAUGGAUGAAAGAAAUUAUGAAUGCUAAAAGAAACUAGAUGAAAUGGAAUUAGAAAUAACUGGCAUUAAGGAAUCCCACUUAGUUGAACUUAAGAAAGAAAGAGAGAGGCUAGAGCUUAGAAUCAAAGAGUAGAUCCGAGGAGAUGUCCGCAUCGAAGUUUAGUAAGAGCUUGAGGUAGAAUGGGGUGAAUCAUUAGAUAGAUACAGAGCAUAGUAGCAAACUGAAAUGGAUAGACUGAAGACUAAGUAUGAGGCAUUAAUAAGAGAAGAAAGAGCAAGCAUGCUACCAAGCCAGUAAUCUACUAUUGAUCUUAUCAAGAAACCAGUUGAUUCUCGAAAUGCUGAAAUAUAAUGUGAGAUUCAACCAAAAUAUGAAGACUACAACAAUGAAAAUUAGAAGAUGAACAGCAAUAUAAGUAUUCACUCUAAUAAUAACUAUAACUCUUAAGCUAAGUAAAGUCAAAAUUACAUAAACCAAAAUCAAUCAAACUUUAUCAAUAACUCUCUUUACGUUGAUUAACUUAAAUAAAACUUUGAGGAUGAACUUGAUAGGCAACAGCAGAUCUUUGAGGUACAACUAAUUAGCAAACAGUAAAUGAGUGUGAGAAUCUUCGAAGAGCUUUUGACCUUAGAAUUCGAUAAGAUUCUUCAGUCAAUUUACUUUAAAUCUAGCAAUACAAAUAACUCCCAGAUGGAUUUAGAUAUGAGAAGAAGCGAGAUAAACAAACUGAUUGCUGAUAUUUUGGCUAGAAAUGACGACAGAAAAGAAAGGUAAAUGAGAUCAAGCUUAGAGAAUAUUAAGAAAAAGGUCAGUGAAGUACUGAAGGUAUUUAAGACGGAACUAGAGAACAAACUUAACAAAAAAUAAGAUCAACUCAUAAAAGAGAAGGUUCUGUAAGAAAGAUUAAAGAUUCAUAACAUGAGUGAUAUCAUAUCGUAGUAAAAUCAAGCUAAUAUAAGUGAAAUACAAUCUACCUCUAGCUUGGCAGUGAAUGAGGAUUUUAAGUCUGACUACUAUAUCGAGUCUAAACCAAACUCAUAAUUGCCCACACCAAGAAUGCUAGAUAAUAAGGAGAAAAGGAACGAUUUCAGUGAUCUUAAGAAUCCCAAUCAUUUAUCAGAUGUGAAGAGAUAUGCUUAAGAAGAUAUCUAAGAUAACAAUAUCCUUAAAAAGAUUUAGCCUGUUCCAAAUCAAAACGGAGUGCUGGUCGUUGAGGUUGAUAAAGUAGUAAGAGACCUCAAGAUGCUUUAAUAAUCAAUCAAAAUAGCCAAAUUUUACAGAGUCUUACUUUCAACUGAUGAGUAAAGUAAAUAAUAAGAGAAUGGAAAUAACGAGCAGUAAUAGAUUCAAAAUAACGAGGCAACGCUAUAAAACUACAGAAAUCUAUUAAAUGAUCUAUUCAGAUUGAUUGCCAAGAUGAAUCAAGGAAUUGAUCAAUUAACUAAGCAGAGUGAAGUCUAUAAGCUCAAGUUAUUGAACACUGAACUCAGAGAUAAAGUUAAUAAAAUUGAGAGUCAGCAAUAAAACAAUAAUGCCGCACUUCAGGUUGAAGAGAUCCUUAACUCCUUUUAAAAUGACAUCAUACUUUCAGAGUAAAGUAAAGAAUGCCUCCAGAUACUUGAGAACACUUAGUUCUUAAUAAACAAGCAGCAGUUUAAACUAUAUCAGCUUAUUGACUUGUUCCUAUCUGAAAACUAAGUAAACAUAGAUCAAUAAUCUAUUAAUGAAAGAUGUGAAGUCUAUUUAGACUAGAAUCCAAAUGAAAACAAUCAUCUUGAAUAACUGUUACAAUCAUCAAUGUCUCCUGGUAAAUUGAAUCCCAAUAGUCUGCAACCAGAGUACUUAUCACCAGAAUAAACUGCGCAACUUGUAGCAAAUGUAUUUUAAAGGCUUAAUCAAACCCAACUGUAAUCCACUAAAAAUUAAACAUAACUACACGGAGGUACUCAUUAACAACUAGACUCGUACCAAUCAUUCUUCAAAACAUUCCUAAGCAAUGAUGAUUAUGUGAGAAGUGCUGAGAACUUCAUCAAAAAGUAUAGAGAAUAGAUGAAUUUCACACAGUAGCAAUAAAACUUGAGGCUAAAUAGGACUAAUACGAUUCAAAAUUUACCUCUGCAAUUGAAUCAAGAUUAACUCAGAUAUCAAAACACUGGUGGAAUCAAUCAUGGCAUGCAUAGGUAGUACUAAUCUGUUUAAUUAAACAAUUUCAAUAACAAAAAGAGAAGUAGAAGCUAAACCAGCAAUGGCCAUACUUCUUCAGUGUAUACUAGUCAGCCAGUCAAUCAGUACCCGCUUCAAAUGAAUUCUACUUAGAAUAACAAUAACACUAAUCGUAAUCAGAACUAGGUAUCAAAUGUAUUUAGACAAAACUUAAUAGAUAUGUAGAAUACAAUUCAAACACAAAAUCCCAACAUAGGGGGUAACUCAAUUAUCAAUCAUCAGAAUUCCAACAUCCUAGUCAAAAUCAAACUAUAUCUCAAAGCUACAGUGGGAACCCUUUCCAAUCACAGAUCAUCUAUGAUUAUAAAUGGAUCUAAUGGGCCCUCAAGUGUUCUUCAAGUUGACUAAGCAGAUAAAGGUCCAAAAAAGAAGAAAAAAUCUCUAACUAAAAGCAUGUCCAAUGUAGCGAAGCGUUUGCUACCACCCUAAAAUAGGAAGAACAGCUUUUCAUCAGAGAGUCAAGAUGAAGAGGAGUCCGUCAAUAAGAGAAGAGUACUCGGCAAGAAUAAGAAAAUGAGCAAUAUAUCUGUAAUUCAUUUAUAAAUGCUAAUUCAUAUUAAGGGGUUAAUACCAGGGGAUUUAAGAAAUAUUAUGGAUGAUGGAGCAGACGAAAACGAAUUAUAUAAGAAGAAGAUGAAGCCGAAAAAGACAGAGAAGAAUUAAAUUGAAUAUUAAAUGAAUUCAAAUGUUAAGAAAAGUGAGGCAAAGGCGAUUACAAAUACUACUAAGCCUAGAAAAGAUUCAGACUAGUUACCUAAAGAACAUGUACCAUCUCCGAAAGUCCUAAAGGACUAGAAGGAAAUAAAGCAACGCAAAUCCAAAGUUAAUCAGCAAGGAACUUUGGGCUCAAACAGUGAAAAAUCACAGUAUAUUAAAUAGUAAAUGAAAAACCUAGUCAAAAAUUAUCUCAAUCGCUCUUAGACGCAAAUCGAUGAUACUUCCCCCAGACAUGACUUUGACAAGCAAAAUAUUGAGAGUUCCAAAAAGAAGUCUAAUUCAAAAGAGGAUAUUAAUAUCAAAAAAAUAUCAUACUUCAAACUUGACAAUAACAAAACUGAUCCAAUAAUAUAGGAUGAUAGCUUUAGUGAGGAGCAUAAAAAAGCAGUCUAACUGAAAAAGUUUAGAUUUUUGUUGAGAGUAAAUGGAGAUACUAGAAUAAGAUGGGAUCUAUUCGUUAUGAUACUCUCGAUAUGGAACUGCUAUUAAUUACCUUUUGAUGUGGCCUUUUAGCCUUAUAUUUUUCAGCAUCUAUCAUUCACUCUACUCAACAACUUUAUUGACAUUUGCUUUGGAAUCGAUAUUCUUCUUAAUUUCAGGACUACUUUUCUUAAUAGAUAGACUGGUGAUGAAAUCUCAAAAUCAUAGCUGAUCGCUAAAGAAUAUUUGAAGUCCAAAUUUUGGAUCGAUAUGAUGGCUACAAUUCCUUUCGAUUAGAUUUUCUUAGGAAUACUGAACUCGCAAGUAGCUUCAAAGCUCCAGCUGUUUUCUAUGCUAAAACUCUUAAGAGUUUUGAGAUUAAGCAAAAUCAUUACUUACAUGAAUGCUACUGAUGAGAUUAAACUCUCUCUGAAGCUAUUCAAAAUGCUGUUCUUUUUAAUCAUGUAUCUGCAUUGCUAAGCCUGUGCAUGGUUUUAUAUUGUGUCAGUUGAUUAGAGGUGGACACCACCAGUUUAUAUGAUUUAUGACUAGAAAGAUUUUUAUCAAGAGGAUGUUUCAAGCCAAUAUUGGGUAUCGUUUUACACUUCAUUAUUGAUACUUUAUGGCGGAGAUUAAUCUCCUUUAGGCAAUUACUAAUUCGCUUUUCUCUCACUAGCUUAUAUCACUGCUGCAAUGAUUAAUGCUAAUAUAUUAGGAACUAUAGCAGUGAUUAUCUAGACUAUGAAUAGAAGAGCUAGUAGGUUUCAAGAAUAGAUUGAUAUAGCUAACACCGCAAUGAAAAAUAUGAAACUGCCAGAAGAGCUUUAAAGAAAAGUUCAGGAAUUCAUGAUGUAUACUUAGAGCAAUCUGGACUAUCAGAAAUAAUUAGAUAUGUUUCUUAACAUGAUAUCACCUAGUUUAAGACUCUAGGUAACCUAGCAUAUCUUUCUUAAUGCCAUCAGUAAGAAUGUAAUCUUUAAGGGUAAUUAGGAGCUAAUAAGAUUUGUAGUUCAUAACAUCAUCACACUACUAUACCUGCCAGAAGAUAUCAUUAUUAGGCAAGAUUCCAAGGCUCAUCAUUUAUUUUUCCUUGCUUAAGGUACUUGUGAAGUUUGGGUGAGAGAUCAAUACAAGAGAGAGACGUUUGUUAGAAAUUUGGUCUAAGGAGUAUUAUUUGGAGAAGUUGGUCUCAUAGCCUAAGUGAAGAGGACAGCUUCAGUAAAGAGUAAAAACUAUUGUACUCUAGCUGCAUUGGUUGAGGAGAACUUUUAUGAUCUUUGCUAGUAGUUCCCUGAUGUCUUCUUUAAGAUGAAACAAGAAACUAAAAAGUACAAUGACAAGUGGAAGACUUUCUAAAAGAAACUUAUCUCUAGCAUUGAGUACUUUAAUCCACUCUCAGAUGACACUAAAGAAGAACUCUAUUACAAGCUUAGUUAGGAGUACUUUGAAAAAGAUACAGAUAUAUUUAACCAAGGUGAAUAGUGUGAAGCUCUGUACUUUAUAGUAGACGGUGAAAUAGACCUGAUCAUUUAACAAAAGGAAGAUGAAGAAGAGGAACUACUGCUUGAUACUCUGUAUACAGGGUGUUCAAUAGGCGCAUACUCUCUAAUAUCUUAGAUUAAGUAUCCCUAUUCAGCUCGAGCCAGAAAUGAUGUUACACUACUGGUUUUGACUCGAGUAGACCUUUAUGAAACAAUUGAUGUGAUUGAGGAGCUUAAUUAUGCUCUGUGGGAUGCCUAGGAAUUUAUCAAUAAUAAUGGGGUGCCCGUUUGUGACUAUACUAUUUACAGAGCUCUUUGGAGAACUAAUAAAGACAACCUCACUCCUAUUUAGAAGUUUAAGAAUGCAGUUAGACGAAUCAAAGUGCUAAAUUAAAGGAAUAAGGUGAAGCACAUCAAGUUUCUGGACUUGCUAAACAAGCUGAGAUAAAAUGAAAACAAGCCUGUGUUUAAUCCGAAGAUGAAAUCGACGAAGAAGCAAUCGUUGACACUGAGGUCCAACUAUCUAAAAUCUCAUUUGUCUCUGGCACCAUUUAUAUCCAAGAAUCUUAUUCACAAGAUCAAGAAUAAAACUGCUGAUAAUGGGAAUCAGAUAACUUACAGAAAUAUACAAGAACCCAAUAGCACACGUCAAUAUUCCUACGUCAACAAAUUAACCUUGAAAAUAGAGAGUUUAUCGGAUCAUAUUAAAAAGUAAAACAAGCAGAUGAUAACUAUGCAGAGGCUUUUUAAUUAGAAGCUAAACAACAUCAUUGAUAAGAGAUCAUCCAGAGAUGUCAGCAGUUACAGCUCAGCCUUGAGAACUGACGAUGAUGUGGGUUCAGAUCGUAUAGGCAGUGAGAGAAGCAAAAGGCGAAGGAACUCCAAAGGAAGAGUCAGAGUCAACUUAAAUAGCGGAGGCUAGAACACUUCAAGAGAAAAUCUAUCAAAUCAAGGCACUCAGAAGAAGCCGAGAGACAAUUUACUCAUGCCAGUUAAGAAUCAAUCAACCAACAAGUAUAAGCAGAAGUUCAAGAUAAUGAAUAAAUAAGAAGAUGAAGCACGGCAGAAGGAAAAGUUUAAAAGCUUACAACUAGACUCACUCAGGAAGAAUCAUAGCAACAUGUCUAUUGAACAGUAGAAGCGGUCUCUUAAUUUGCAUUCAGACCAAGAAAAGAAUAACGAGGAGAUCGCACAGUAAUAGAAUCAUCUAUAGCCAACACCAACUUCAAAUAGAUAGCCUACUCGAUAAAGUUCAAUAAAGGCGCAAAAGAGGUACGAGGAGGUAGCUGAUCCUGAUCUAUGGGAGGAAACUGGAGCCACUAAUAUGAACUUCAACAAAGAGGAUAGCAUUGAUACCUCACGAAAAGAGGAAGCUAAGUAAAAAAUCAUUUAAAAUUAUGCUUAGAUGAGCAAAGAAAAAAGCAUGCCAAUAUCUAACUAACUCAGCUCUGCUUAAUCAGUAAGGAAAUAAGUUGAGGAUUUAAAAGAGCAAAGCACUCUGCCAUCCUAAAAUAGAGACCAAAUAACUUUGAAAAAGAAUAUCAGUGUGGAGCCAACUCUGAGCCAUCAAAAUUCAGCAAUCAGAGAUGCUAAAAGAUAGGAAGCCACCCAGGGUUCAAUAUCUAAGAAACUGUCAGAAAACAGGAUAGCAAGCAGAGGGUAGAUAUCUACUCGAGAUAAGCCUGAAUAUCAAACUACCAGAUAGAGAUUGCACUCUGACAAUAAUCAGAAAAUCUAUCCAGGAAUAUCAGAGCAGAACAGCAAUAGACAAAAACCUGAACCUUCACUCAGCAGUAAAAACCAGACAAUUUACAAUCAGUAUUCUAAGAACACUGCAGGGAUUAACUAUCUAGGAAGUAGUAAAAAACUAGAUGAGCAUAGAGGUCUCUCUAAUCAUUCAUAAAGAUCAUAAAAUAGCAGUAAAAGUCGAGGCAGUAACGCCAUUCAUGAACAAGAGUUAGUUGAUGAGUAUGUUAAAGAGCAUGGAAUUCAAGAAAGGAUUCAAAGUCAAAUUAGUUAGGCACUAAAUCACUAGAAAGAGGAAAAGAGCUAGAGAACUUAGAAUGAACUAUUGGAAUAGCAGCGCCACUUGUACCAGUAAUAGCAAUAAUAAAGACAAUAGUAGCAGAUGGAUGAACUCAGAAAAUAAUAGAUAAAUUAUGACUAGAGUAGAAGAACAUCAGAAAGCAGAGCAAACAUGCAAACUUCAAUAAAAACUCCAGAAAAAAAUAAAUAGUCACAGCAAAGUAUAUAAAACUAGAGUGCUUAAAACACUGCUUAAAAUAGAUAGCCUCUUCAGUAAAAGCCAUUAUAGAAUAAUAAUUCAGCUGUUGAAUAUAGCAAAAAAGAUUCAAAGCCAAGGAGAUCAGAGGAUUUAGAGAGGAUAUCCACUUUUAGUUUGAAACUUCAAUAGACUAUUCAAGAUAGCACAUAGGAUGAAAAGUAUAGUAAAAACAUGGCAAUAGACAGAAUGACAACCAAAGAGAUGGACAAACUUAUCAAUGAGGAGGUUGCUAUGAUGGCUAAAAAGAAGCGAAAGAAAUCGCUUAAGAAGGUAAACAAGCAAAUAGAGAUGAUGCUUGAAAAGCAUUUCCGUGAGGACGUGCUAAAUGACUCAAGAGAGUUAGAAAAUAUAGUAGAGGAAGAUGAUUCUUAAUCUGAGUACUACUAUGAAGAAACUUGA